UGCUCUUAUUUUGAAGAAUACAUGAGCGGUUCCGGUUCCCCUCAAGUCUGCUUUUCCCUGCGAGCUCCGUUGCAUCAGUUUCAUAAAGUGAGCAGCUAGCUUUGAGCUCCUGGAAACUGCUUGGUAAGGUAAAACAGGUGGAACAUGUGUGGCAUCUGGGCGUUGUUUGGCAGCGAUGAGUGCCUGUCAGUUCAGUGCACGUGUGCCAUGAAGAUCGCCCACAGAGGCCCUGAUGCUUUCCGCUUUGAGAACGUCAAUGGCUUUACCAACUGCUGCUUUGGUUUCCACCGGCUGGCCAUCGUGGAUCAGCUGUAUGGGAUGCAGCCGCUACGCGUCAAGAAGUUCCCUUACUUAUGGCUGUGCUACAACGGAGAGAUUUACAACCACUGCAGACUGGAGCAGCAGUUUGACUUUGACUGUCAGACAAAAAUGGACGGAGAGAUUUUGCUCCACCUGUAUGAUCGCUUCGGCAUCAAGAAGAUGGCCUCUCUCCUCGACGGAGUGUUUGCCUUCAUUUUGUUGGAUACCGCCAACAGAAGGGUCCAUCUGGGGAGGGACACAUAUGGCAUCCGGCCGUUGUUUAAAUUCAUCACGGAUAAUGGAUUCCUGGCCGUCUGCUCAGAGGCUAAAGGCCUUGUAGACAUUACCCACUCGAUGGCUACAGCCGCCAACAUCGUGCCCUUUCUUCCGGGACACAUUGAGGUUUUUGAUCUGAAGCUGAACGGAAAAGUUGAGUCUAUCCAGUUUGAGCAGUUUCACUGCUGCACACAGGAGCCUGCUCAUGCUGCCUACGAUAGUGUGGAGAAGCUGCCCACAGGAGUUGACAAGGAAACGGUGAAGAGCAACAUCAGACGGCUGUUUGAAAAUGCCGUGAGGAAACGUCUGAUGGCUCACAGGCGGAUUGGGUGUCUGCUGUCAGGUGGCCUGGACUCCAGUUUGGUUUCUGCCAUUUUGGUGAAACAGGCUCAAGCGGAGAAGCUGCCGUAUCCCAUUCAGACAUUUUCCAUCGGGUCUGACGAUAGUCCGGACAUCCUUGCUGCUCGCAAGGUGGCAGCUCACAUUGGCAGCGAACAUCAUGAGGUCAACUUCACCGCAGAGGAGGGGAUCCAGGCUGUGGAGGAGGUCAUCUUCCACCUGGAGACCUAUGACAUCACCACGAUCCGUGCCUCUGUUGGUAUGUAUUUGGUAUCCAAGUACAUCAGGUCAAAGACGGACAGCGUGGUGAUCUUCUCUGGAGAGGGAGCUGACGAGCUGACUCAGGGUUAUAUUUACUUCCACAAGGCUCCGAGUCCCAGAGCAGCAGCAGAGGACAGCGUCCGCCUCCUGAAGGAGCUCUACUUGUUUGAUGUUCUGCGGGCCGAUCGCACCACGGCGGCUCACGGUCUGGAGCUCAGAGUGCCGUUCCUGGACCACCGAUUCACAGCGUACUACCUCUCUCUACCCGAGGAGAUGAGAACUCCCAAGGACGGAGUGGAGAAACACCUUCUGAGGGACUCUUUCAAAGGACUCAACUUAAUCCCUGAUGAGAUCCUUUGGAGGCGCAAAGAAGCUUUCAGUGAUGGAGUGAUGUCUGUGAAGAAGUCCUGGUACACCUGUCUCCAGGAGCAUCUUGAGUCUAUGGUGAAUGAUGACCAGAUGGAGAAGGCUCAUAAAACCUUCCCUCACAACCCCCCCACCUCCAAAGAGGCGUACUACUUCAGACAGGUGUUUGAGAGGCACUACCCGGGCCGGGGCCAGUGGCUGCCCCACUACUGGAUGCCCCGAUGGAUCGAUGCCUGCGACCCGUCAGCACGGACUCUGUCCAUCUACCAGCCAGACAAAGACCAGUGACCCUCCCCACCAAACACACACACACACACACACACACACACACACACACACACACACACACACACCAACUGUAAACCCCUCGUUCAGAUGAAAGAUGUCCGACUGUAACCGAGUUUAUCUGACUCACUGUGGUGGGAGCAGCUGGAGGCUCUCAGGUUUAGUACAGAUCUGUGUUUAUACCUGCUGCUGGUUGUGAGAAGAACCGCAUCUCUCAUCUGGAUCAGGUUGUGGAGGCAGCAGCAGCAGCAGCAGCGUGUGGUUGGUGGCGUAUGUCUGCUGAAGCGUCUCAUCAACACACCUGAUGGUGGCUUUCAAUUACUGCUGCCUUUAUAAUAAACCUAGAAAAAAAACA